GCACCAGCAACAACACCAAAUUCAUAUACACAACAAUUCAGUCUACCACAUGGCCAUCCGCCACAGCCCGCUCCGCUAGCUUGCAGUUCAGGGUCCUGCCGUCGACAUGACGAUAGAAGACCGAGCUGUGAUGGAUCAAGCCCGUGUGUGGCCACACACUUUUCCCACAAUGAUGCCCAGACAAAAGAACCGAACAUAAUCAUCAAUCAUCACGACCAAUCCAACCAACCUGCUUCGAGCGACACGCCCCUUGCCAGCAUAAUGAGUUCUGCAUAACUCGCCUGACAGGUGGCGCCACCUCAACGCAGAAGAAAGAAGCAUUACGACCUACAGUCUCAAAGGGGGAACCCCUGUGGCAGUUCCACAGCACCAGCAACAACACCAAAUUCAUAUACACAACAAUUCAGUCUACCACAUGGCCAUCCGCCACAGCCCGCUCCGCUAGCUUGCAGUUCAGGGUCCUGCCGUCGACAUGACGAUAGAAGACCGAGCUGUGAUGGAUCAAGCCCGUGUGUGGCCACACACUUUUCCCACAAAUGCUGAUUUUGGUUUGUUUUGCAAAUGUAUGUCACGUUGGCCACGGCAACAGCUGCACGAAAGUUGAUUUUCGGCGACGCUUUUCGGUCACUUUUAAACUGAACUUGGGCGUGAAAUUGCCGGGCCAAGGUGGCAAAAGUUGCGGCGAACUUGGAUUAAUUUUUCUGGCUUACCUCGUCGACGACAUCCUCAGCCUUCCCUAAGUUAAGGGCCAUUUCUGACGGAAAGAACUGCCCUUCGGGCCUAUGAUGUGGAGCAAAUAACAAAUGAAAGGUUAUAAUGUGACGUCACGCCGGCUGCGGCGCCUCUGAUUGGCCAAAUCCACUCUUAUCAAUAGCGGUAGUUUUCAAACAUUCGUGUCAUCAAGAAUGGACUGAUAAUGAGCAGGAAAAGCGCUGAAUAAAUGCAUUUUCUUGACCUUUGCGUCAUCAAGGUCUUUGUCAGUUCACUUUUAAGUUCGAUGCAAUUUUGCAUACUUUGUAGAAAGAACGGAAAACAUUGUCAAGUGACGUGUUUUGUUUGCGAUCUGCACGUCAGGCUUUUGCCUCUCGCGGAGAGAUGGAGAGACCUGCUUCAAAACAAGCUCAAACAGCAGGCGCGGAUCGAAAAAAAAAACAAUAUUUAAUUCGAUUGAACGGUAGUGUAACAACCAACCCAGCUGGUUUUACAACAUUUUUUACCACUUGGAAGGGAUGAAUCAGUGGUGAUCGGCGGCAGACGCGAAAAUUUUCAGUCGGGGACCAAGAUGGACUUGGAAUUCUUGGAAAUUCACCCCAACAACAGGCCGACGGCCAAUUUACACGACAUCCUCACCGACCCCACCAUCCCCGAGUGGAAGAAGGACCUAAUUGUGCGCAAGAGGAACACGAACCGAAUCCUGUUUGGUAAUUUGAAAUUGCAGGCGUGUGCCCCGCUCGGCUCGAUUUCUAAUCACAAUACCCCCACUGCCGAUGCGAUAAGGAAUGACGAUGUCGAGGCGGCUACCGCGGCGGAUGCGAAUUGGACGGAAGCACCAGACUGCUGCGAGUCGACGAGCAGCGACACCGAAAAAAGCAAAAGCAGUUCUCCCGUGCCAGGGUUCGACUCGACUGCGGGCCGAGUCAAAAAAGAAGAAGCCAAGGAUUGUGUUAAGGAGAAGGAGGAGGCGGACUUUCACCUGCAGGAAGAAGAAGACCCUGCUUCUUCUUCUCCUCAGGUUAACGGCGAAUCCGACGGAGUGGGGACCGUUCGCGACCAAGAUGCCGUUGACUCCCUCUUCUCUGGCAGUGCACCAGUGUCGGCCGAGUGUCGGAGCUGGUGCGAGGGUGCGAUGCGUCUGAACAAUGACCUGGACCGCUUCCCGGGAGCCGAAAAGAAACCCAUCCCCGUGAAGAAACUGGCCGGCACCAACCACAAGCAGGUCAGGGUGCACACGUCGAGCAACAAAAUUAUUAUGGGCGAGGAGAAGCCGAAAAUGAAGAGUUCGGUGAGGAAGCUGAGUGCCCCGCCGCACGGCACCAAACCGGCAAUGCACACGGUCAACCUGGGCGACCCUGAGGAGAUCAAGUACGGCCCGGGCAUCGUCCACAAACUACGAGACCGCUACAUCAACAUCACCCUGCGCGAGUCUGCCUCUGCGUACAAACAGCGGCAACCCCUGAGCAACCUGCGGAGGGCGUCCAGCUUGGACAACAUCCUGGACGAGGCCCCUGUCGUCCGCAGACCGCCCCCUGAGAAGAAACAACCGGCCAAGGAGAUCAGCCUGAGCGUGGCUGAAAAUAUCAAGCGCCAUCGGUCGAUGGAAACGUUGCUGUUUGAAAAGCAGACGCCGCUGAUCAACGACGACAUCGUCAUCAUAGAGCACAGCUUGCCGGUCGAAACAACACCGAGCAGAAAGAGGAACUCGUCCGGGGGUGAGGACGAACUACCCCCGCCGGACGUCGUCAAGCAGACGAGACAGAAAUUUGAACGCAGGACCAAUUCCCUUCCGCAACCGAACAAAAAUUUGCCACCCUCCAGAGUGGUCAACGCGAAAAAACCGGCCCUUUCGCCCAAGCCGGCCAACCUGGAGAUCAGGAAGACCGUCGUCGACCUUCCGAGCGUCCCGCUUUUGGAAAUCAGAGUUUCAGAGGAGAAAAAACUGCCGCCCCCGGUCAUUGUGAGCGAAGAGCCCAAACCGGUGCCGAGGGUGGAGUUGAAAGACUUGCCACCCUUGACACCGAAAAAAGAGCCGUCGCCGCCCUUGUCUCCGGUGAAAGAGCCGUCGCCACCACCGCGAGUGAUGAAGGAAAAAGUGAAAGAAAAAAUAAUCACGGAUGACGACGACGAAACGACCAAAAUGAUUUCGAAAAAGGCGCUGGAGAACAUUAGAAAAAACGGCUUCUCUUUUGUCAUUAGUCCGAAGGGGUCGCCCAACCUUUCGCACCUGCCAGGCGCCACCACAGAAAAGAGCACUUUGCCGCCGCAGGUCAUCUCGGUGCACCAGAAGGUGCCGGACAAGCAGGUGGGCGUCAUACGACCCAUUCCGAAGGUGGACACUCGGGUCAACGAGAAGAAUUUGAUCAACGCCGUCAAGUCCGAGCAGCCGCACAUCAAAGCGGUCCCCGUGGUGCGUCCCGCCAAGGUCGAAACUGUCCCUGUGGUCGUGAGCAAGGAUCCCGGCGCCACCACCGAGUUGUGGGGCAGCAAGAAAAGGCACUUCAACGAACAGCCCAGCACCCAGUGCUUCGACUUCACCACACGAAAGUCCGUGCCCGACUACAUCGAAAAUGACGGACUUGGACAACGACCUGCGCCUGUUGGUGAAGAAGUGGACAGCGGAAAUUUAUUGGCCAUUGAGAUCAACUUUGAAAUCGUGGGCGGCAACGUGGUAAUAAAUGGACGUUCCAGUCUUCAAAAGCGACCAAAAGAAAAUAAGAUGAGAAUCAAAUUUGACGACGGUGCUACCUCAACGUUCGAGUACCCCUCGGAGGCCUCCCUUCUGAUGGACGAUGGCGUUCCAAUAACUUCUCCUUCAGCCGAAGACACCCCCGCUCAGCCCAGAGGCCUGCAACCCCUUCCCUCAGGUUCCGGUAGUCUCGCUAGUUACACCCCCAGUAAGAUCCUCAUGUCCGACGACACGUUCGAGCUUGGAGUGACAAGAGCUGCUGCCAUGACGCCCAUCCUGCAGCCCAGUCAGCCGCAAGAGGACUCUUUCCUGCUCAAGCCAGCGGACGAUGAGGAGACGGUCGCGUGGAGCUCCGAAUCUGCCAGCAGCGACCUGCUCUUCUAACUGAAGUCAAAAUUUCUACAUUAAAAUGGACCAGUUAUUGUGUUUUUCUAUGUGACUGCAUAAGUGAAGAAACGUGUAAAGAGAUCAAUAAGCUACAAAGAAAAAGUGUGCUUCGCACUUGAUGGACUGUCUCUUGUAAAGAUUUUCAGUAUUUUACUUCUCUCUCGGCGCCAUCUUUUGCUCAUUCCAUUGUUUCCUCUUUAUUGGAAUAGAAAUUAUCGAAUUUUGGCCUAGUUUGCAUUCCUUUCUAGUCCGGCCACUUGCGGUGUGAAACGCUCGGAAAUUAACUCGAAGCCAGGGUUCGUAAUGUGCAUGUCAAUUUUUUUCAUUGUAAUUGUUCACUUCCGUCAGAUUCCAUUUGUAAGGCGUGCCUUAUUUACAAAACAAGAAUUUAAUCAGUUUAUUGAAUUAAGAAAAAACAACUGAUCAAAACACCAUUCCAAAAACGGCCUUUUGCUGAACCCUUGGCCACGAGUCCUGGAAUCGUGCCUGAAGCGGCCGCCAAUGCAACAAAAGUAGCUGUUUGAAUAUUUACUGUUUGGUAUGAUGAAAAACAAUUAAAAUUAAUGUUUGGGGCGUCAGCUGCCAUCCUCUUCAAUGUGCUGUUCACGCGGCACAUCACAAAAGUUCAAUUUGACAUCAAUUUUUGUGAUGGAUUGAAAAGUUUAUGUGAUUCUAAUUUAUCUCGCCUGAUUUGUGCAUUAUCCAUAAAGGUGCAACGUGAGCAUUCAUAAUCAAUGCGGGAUCAAAUGCUAAUUUUCACUGCAAUGUGAACUUGAAAUUUUUGUUACAUGUUCUUUUAAUUGUAUUCUCCGUGCUUUGUUUUAAAUAUAGUGUGUAAGUGAUCUCUAACAUAAUAGAGGUGUCAAUGUUGAUCGAUAUCGGCAUAAGUGUUUGAAAGAGAAUAUGUCUGUGCGCUUGAAGAAGAAAAAUGCAGAUCUCGUUGCGAGGAAAAUAUGGGAUCAAUUUAUUUAAGAGCUUUCAAGAACAAUUAACUGCAUUUUUGAGUUUCUACUCCUGCUACACAUUUUUGUAUUUGUAUCACAAUUAUUAAUCCUUGAUGGAAUAAAAU